CAUGGGAGUCCUAGGACCAAAGAUGGCGUUUAGAGUUCUUGUUGGUUGUAAGAGAGUAAUUGAUUACGCUGUUAAAGUCAGAGUGAAGCCUGACAAAACAGGUGUGGUCACUGACGGAGUGAAGCACAGUCUAAAUCCAUUUGAUGAGAUAGCAAUUGAAGAAGCAGUUAGAUUGAAGGAGAAGAAAAUUGCUACAGAAAUCGUAGCUGUAUCAUGUGGACCACCAAAGUGUCAGGAGGUUCUACGCACAGCUCUCGCUAUGGGAGCUGACAGAGGAAUUCAUAUUGAAGUUCCUGAUGAAGAAUAUGCCUCACUACAGCCAAUACAUGUUUCCAAGAUAUUAGCAAAACUUGCAGCGCAAGAAGAGGCUAGCAUGAUCAUUGUUGGGAAGCAGGCUAUUGAUGAUGACUGCAAUCAAACUGCUCAAAUGACAGCUGCUUUUCUGGAUUGGCCACAGGCGACUUUUGCCUCCAAGAUUGAGAAGACAAACGGUGAUUUGCUGGUGACUAGAGAGGUGGAUGGAGGCCUGGAGACAAUAAAGGUCAAGUUGCCAGCAGUGCUAUCAACUGAUCUGCGUUUGAACGAACCAAGAUAUGCUACAUUGCCGAACAUCAUGAAAGCAAAAAAGAAGAAGAUAGACAAAAAGAAACCAGCUGACCUUGGCGUGGAUAUCACGCAGCAUGUGGAGGUUUUGAAAGUGGAGGAGCCCCCAGUGCGACAAGCUGGAGUGAUCAUUGAAAACGCCGAGCAGUUGGUAAGCAAACUGAGAGAGGCUGGCCACAUACAAUGAGGUGAUUGACACCUAGGAAUCUAUGUUUUAGUGCCAUAAUGAAGGAAGUUGGCAGCAUGUUUUGGUGACAUAUCUGAGAUUUCGAACAAUAGUAUUUUUGGUUCCAUUGGUUUUUAAUACGUCUACAAAUAUAGUCCAAAUUACUGCUAAUUUUGCUUCAAAACAUUCUGUGUUAAGUGAUGGAACCUUUUAGAUUUAAAAUAUUAUUUGUUAUGCAGCGGUAUCUGCUCUAGCAGUUGGUCAGACUAGUUGCAUAUAUACAUGUGCUAAUGUUUGAUUAUUAAGGCUGCGUAAUUGAACGAGAUCAUAAUAGUUAACGUUAUAUAUUAAUGUAAUUAAUGUGUUAUGAUAUUAGUAGUAACACAUUGUGAUCACCAUUCCUCUUGAUACAUACAAGAGAAGCUUGUUGAAUUGUAUAAUUGUUUAAUAAUAAAGCAUAUAAUAAACCACAGUCAGAAAGUAUCUUUGCCUAAUA